UCCAGUACAUCCACACCCAACUCUAACAUGUCCCCAAGAAACCAGACAAAUACUAGUCUUGAUCCUGGUCACCUGUCAUCUGCAGUCGGUCAGAAAGAGGAAUAUACAACACCAUCUCAACCAAUGACUCUGCCCAUGAUUGAGAUUACGCUCAAUCCAAAUGCUCCAGAAUUCACACCACGCCAAGCGGGAGGGGGUCCUCCCAAUCACCCUGGAGGCAACGUGCCGCCCAACAACCUGGCCAUGGGAUAUCAACAGGCUCUGGCUCAGCAGUUGCAAAACCUAGGUGGCUCAGGACCUAACUUGUUGUCACCAGGGAUGAUAUCUCAGCAGGAAUUUGCCAACUUGAUCCAUCAGUUUGUGGCAAGUGGACAGGCUCAGCCUCCUGCAGGAUCAUCCCCUCCAGUGGGGGUCCCAACAAGUGGCAACACAGUCCCCUCAGGCCUGGGUGUACCAGGACAAGCUUCUGCUCCACCACGCCCCUUCUCUCCUCUAACACAAGGGCGUCCUAGUAGUGCUCCAUUAAUGGGUGGGAUGCCACGAGAUGGUAGUUCUUCAGGCCCCAUUGGUCCCCCUCCACCUGCUGCCUCACCCCUCACUGUAUCGCCCAAGUUGUCAGACCAAAUGAAAUCUGAGGAUAGACGGCCAGUGGGCCCUAUCGGGGGAGAGAGACCCAUGCGUCCCAUAGGCAGUGAGAGAGCCCAGCGCCGAGCCCCAGGGCCUAUUCCAGCGCAACCUAUCUCUGCUGCUAAUGACUUCGGUCCAGCAUUUUGGAACAUAACAACAGAACUAAGUAUGCAGUGGGGUCCAGUGAGUUCUGCCUCUUCUAUACACGACAGCAGUAGCUCUGUGAUAACCUCUAGUGAGGGAGGGGUACCGUCUCUAAAAAACCAGACAGACUUUCUGGAGGGACGCAACCUGUCAGACCAACAAAUGGACAAAGUUCUUCAUGGAACUUCUGUGGGUAUGGAGUACUAUGGGAAGGGUAUCGGUCCGGGUGGAGGAGGGCAGUUUUCCAUGGUGCAACAGAACUUAAUUCCUGGCCCUGUGGGUGAUGGAAUGCCCAACAACAUGUGGAAUCCACAGAUGAAGGGACAAGUGUCAGAAGCAUCUGAUAAAGUGAUGUGGAAUUCUUGGAGUUCGCAGACUAGCAUGUAGUGGUUGAUUUUAUCCUGUGAGGAUGUGGUUUUUAUUUCCAAAGAGUUGUUGAUUGUCAUGAUUCUGACCUUGAUGACACAUGUAUUAUGUUUAUUCUUUAUGUAGCAUGUGAACAUAAAAUUGUCUUAUAAUGAAUGUAGAAUGAAAAAAGAAAGCUUGCAUCAUUUUCCUCGUUAUCUGUCAAAGCUGCCAUUUGAAGACAAA